GGCCGAGUUGGCGAGGAAUAUGCCGGGAAGUGGUGCGGGGGCGAGUGGAGCCUCGGAUUCGCUAAUCGGCAACGAGACUCUAGCCCCGAUGUGAUCGCCGUGCUCGAGGAGUUAAUCAGAGCCGAUCGUCCGAGAUCGCGAGGGAGGAUGAGGUUCCCGUGCCGCUCCAGGGAGCCGGGUGAGCGAUAGGUCGAGUGCUCGAGUGUUCGCUGAGAGAGUGUCGGCUAAGGGGGGCGGAGGUCGUGGUGGGGGUGGCGUAGCAGGGCAGAAGGUGUGAUGGUCUCGGGGUGGUGUCCGUGCGUGCCCCUGGGGCGCCGGGACGCGCCGCCCCCGACGCAGCAGCAGCAGCAGCAGCAGCAGCAAUCGGGGCAAAAGACUUGGCGGAGCGUAGGGCCAUUCACCGUCAGCGCAGCCACUGAUCGCGCAGAAAUGGUUCAGAUGUUCUACUAUGAGAAUCGUGGAAAAUGUUGCAAAAAGCUAUUACGGUAUAACGGCUAUCCUAACAAGGUUCUUCUUUUUCCUGAAGAAGGUUGGGCAAGAAGCGCAAGCAGUUCCUACUGGACAUUAACACCAUUUUGGUGGAGUCGAAGUCGUUGUAAAGUAGUUGAAGUCGCUGGUACGAGAAGAUACAGUACACAAGCAAAGAUGGUCGAUACCGGCACAGGUACAUUAUAUAUCAUUGGAUCAUUUAAAAGGAUGACUACAGAUGCUGAUUUUAAGCUGUAUUUGACGUCGAACGUCUCGUCCAGCGAUUUCAACAUGGGUUACAGCAUGACUGGGACGUUGGAGCGCGGUUGCAAGAAGACCAACAGUUUCCAGAUGACGCACUUUGCCGUUAUACGCAGACGGGACUACGAGAAGGCCUACGAGGAUCCAAAUCCUACCUAGUGUCCAUCCACGCCCCCACUCUCCGAGUGCGGGGACUACGAACACUACACGUAGUCGUAAGGGUGCCUCAAUCAGUUUUUCUACGUCACUUAUACGAUGAAGAGUUUUGCUGUUUUUCUUCAGGAGCGUGACUCGUUGUGUCAUGCGAGUGUUAUGUAACUACUCAUGAUAUUGCUAUUAGAAUCAUUUCGUAGAGGUAAAGAAACGAAUGCCGUUUAAAUAUGUUUUGUACGGGAAUAUUAUUAUGAUAAUUUACGAUCGA